CCCCGGCGCCUAGGGCAGCCGCGCCCGCGGAGUUUUCCGCCGAGCGGGCUCCUCCUCCCGCCCCGCCCUGACGGCUGCGGCGCCCGCGACUCACUGAGUGCCCCGAGUGCCCCGCGAGCGCUAGAGGGACCCAGCCCUAGGCAGAACCCAGGCGCCGCGCCCGGGACACCCGCGGAGAGAGCGACUCCCUCCCACGUCCCGGUUCGCCCCUAGCGUCCCGGGUCCCCGUGGCCAGAUGGGGAACACUGAGGUGCAGAAAGGUCACGUAAACUGUCAAGGUUGCAUAGCUGACGAGCAGGACUGGGAUGUGAACCUGGGUAUUCUGGCUUCAGAGUCCAUGUUCUUCUCACCGUCCCCCACUGCCUUUAAUGAAGUACCUGAGAUCAUACAGUGAAACUGGACGUAGAAGCCAGAUACUAAGCUGGUGUCAGAGAACACACUCUGGGCAGCACGGAGCUGCACGUCACACUGCCUGCUUCUAGGCAAGGCUGAGCUGGGCCUGGGCAUCCCGGUUAGAUCUGAGCAAGACUUUUGGGGGCCAUAGAUGAUCUCACCAUGAGCUACCCUGGCUAUCCCCCACCCCCAGGCGGCUACCCGCCAGCUGCACCAGGUGGUGGUGCCUGGGGAGGUGCUGCCUACCCUCCACCCAGCGUGCCCCCUAUCGGGCUGGAUAAUGUGGCCAACUAUGCAGGGCAGUUCAACCCGGACUACCUCUCAGGAAUGGCGGCCAACAUGUCUGGGACAUUUGGAGGAGCCAACAUGCCCAACCUAUACCCUGGGGCCGCUGGAGCUGGCUAUCCACCAGUGCCCCCUGGGGGCUUUGGGCAACCCCCUCCUGCCCAGCAACCUGUUCCUCCCUAUGGGAUGUAUCCACCCCCAGGAGGAAACCCACCCUCCGGGAUGCCCUCAUAUCCGCCAUACCCAGGGGCCCCUGUGCCAGGCCAGCCUAUGCCACCCCCCGGACAGCAGCCCCCAGGGGCCUACCCUGGGCAGCCACCAGCAACCUACCCCGGUCAGCCUCCAAUGCCACUCCCUGGGCAGCAGCAGCAGCCAGUGCCAAGCUACCCAGGAUACCCAGGGUCUGGGACUGUCACCCCCGCUGUGCCCCCGACCCAGUUUGGAAACCGAGGCACCAUCACCGAUGCUCCCGGCUUUGAUCCCCUGCGAGAUGCCGAGGUGCUGCGGAAGGCCAUGAAAGGCUUCGGCACGGAUGAGCAGGCCAUCAUCGACUGCCUGGGGAGUCGCUCCAACAAGCAGCGGCAGCAGAUCAUCCUGUCCUUCAAGACGGCUUAUGGCAAGGAUUUGAUCAAAGAUCUGAAAUCUGAACUGUCAGGAAACUUUGAGAAGACAAUCUUGGCUCUGAUGAAGACCCCAGUUCUCUUUGACGUUUAUGAGAUAAAGGAAGCCAUCAAGGGGGCUGGCACUGAUGAAGCCUGCCUGAUUGAGAUCCUCGCUUCCCGCGGCAACGAGCACAUCCGGGAGUUAAACAGAGCCUACAAAGCAGAAUUCAAAAAGACACUGGAAGAGGCCAUUCGAAGUGACACGUCAGGGCACUUCCAGCGGCUCCUCAUCUCUCUCUCUCAGGGAAACCGUGAUGAAAGCACAAACGUGGACAUGACCCUGGUCCAGAGAGAUGCCCAGGAGCUGUAUGCGGCUGGGGAGAACCGCCUGGGAACAGAUGAGUCCAAGUUCAACGCAGUUCUGUGCUCCCGGAGCCGGGCCCACCUGGUGGCAGUAUUCAAUGAGUACCAGAGAAUGACAGGCCGGGACAUUGAGAAGAGCAUCUGUCGGGAGAUGUCGGGGGACCUGGAGCAGGGCAUGCUGGCCGUGGUGAAAUGUCUCAAGAAUACCCCAGCCUUCUUUGCGGAGAGGCUCAACAAGGCCAUGAGGGGGGCAGGAACAAAGGACCGGACCCUGAUUCGCAUCAUGGUGUCUCGCAGCGAGACCGACCUCCUGGACAUCAGAUCGGAGUAUAAGCGGAUGUACGGCAAGUCGCUGUACCACGACAUCUCGGUACGGGCCUGCUACAGCCAGACUGGGCUUCCUUUUGGCAUCCCAGUCACCUGUGGACCUUUCCUCCUUGUAGUGGCCAUAUGCUUGGCCCCUGUGCUGUGUUUGGGCAUCUUGUCUGUGGACCUCAGACUCGCUUAUCCCGUUGCCCCUCAACAGAUUAUAAGCUUCUGAGGGCAGGUGGGUCAUGACCUUGCUGUCGCCCCCACCUUGUAUCCCCCAGCAGCAUCAGAGAACACUCAGGACCUUCUCAACCUUGACCUUGACCUUCAGCGUCCCGGCUACCCUGUGAUUCCAUAAUCUGUCAGUGAGAACUCAUGUGCUGACCUGACAAAGCACUUCUUGCACUCAGGUUUAUGGCAAAGGACACGUAGGAAGGCCAUUCAGAGCGAGGGCCCUGCGGAUCACACCACUUAGAGUCUGGCUUUUCUGCUUGCCAACUGUGUGACCUUGAACAGCUUCCUUAAACCUCCCUGCACCCCAGUUCCAUUGUCUUUAAAAUGAGAAAAUAAUCAUUCCUUCCCAAGAAUGCUGUUGAGUGUUGAGUGAGGCAGUGCAGGUCAAGUGUCUGUUUCACACCAGACACUGUGUAUCACUGUGUGGCAGAGCAAGUCUGGCAAAAUAUAUAUUCAGCUGCAUGGUCUAAC